AUGAUGGAGAAGCGAUUCGUUCUGUUCCUAUCUCUGCUGACGCUACAUCAUGUUAACAGCUUCGUAACUAUGUCCCGAUAUGACACUAUAGUUGUCGGUCUGGGUGCUGCCGGAGCUACAGCAGCUUCAACACUAGCUAAGUCUGGCAAGAGAGUGUUAGCGUUGGAGGCUCAGGACAGGGUCGGGGGAAGAGUUCACACGGUGGAGUUCGGGGAUGGAGUAGUGGAACUAGGAGCUGAAUGGAUACAUGGGAUAGAAAACAGUCCUGUAUACGAAGCAGCGAUCAGAAACGACGUCACCAUAUUACAACAGGAGUAUGAUGAACUGGUUUAUAAAUCUGAUGGCACUUUGGGAGACAAUGUUGUUUUUGAAAUGUUAAACUUCUGUCUUAAAACGAUGGGCACUUCUCCCGAGAAACCUGAACCUCUUGGAAAAUAUAUAACAAGGAAGUUAACGGCGUAUCUAGAAGACAAGUAUCCCAAUAUCUUGAAUGACACGGAGUUUAUGAAGGAGUUCCUUGAAAUUGCUGAUAUAGUUGUUGAUGAAUACGAAGGUUCAAACAAUUGGAACGACGCAUCGUCCAACAGCAAGUACGUGCCACUAGGAGGCAGUCAGAAUAUGAGCUGGCACAGGCAUGGAUAUAAGACCUUCUUCGACAUUUUACUAAAUAAAUAUAAGAAUGGCCCAGGCUGGCCCACGUUGGACAUAAAGUUGAACAAAGAAGUGAAAUUAAUAAAGUGGCCGAGAGAUUCACCCGGAGACGUUGAGGUGAGCUGUGUUGAUGGAAGUGUCUUCACCGCUGAUAAUGUUAUAGUGACGGUCUCACUCGGAGUGUUGAAGGAAAGACAUGAAGCAUUGUUCUCGCCGGCAUUACCAAAUGAAAAGGUAACAGCUAUUGAGACAAUACCGAUAGGAGUCGUGGGCAAAAUAAUACUAUCAUUUGCCGAGCGCUGGUGGCCAGAAAAGGCAGCUUAUAUAUUCCAGUGGCUGAAACCUGAUAAAGAGAAAUACGAGAAGUGGCAAGUCAGCUUAAAAGAUAUUAGUGCCAUUAAAGGAUCCGAUAAUACUUUGGAGCUUUGGACUAUCGGAGAGUGGACCAAGUUGGUCGAAACAUUACCAGAAGACGUUGUGAAAGCUAAGAGUAUGGAGGUAGUUCGUAUGUUCAUGGGAAAGAACAUGUCGAUCCCAGAACCGACGGGCGUGUUAAGAAGCACGUGGUUCUCUAAUCCAUUCACACGCGGCUGUUACUCCUACGACAAUCUGUUGAUGGCGGAGCACCCGAGCGCUAGGGCCGACCUCGGGGCUCCUCUGACGGACUCCAAGGGAGUCCCACGCGUGUUAUUCGCGGGAGAGGCCACUGACUUAACUCAUUUCUCUACUGUCCACGGAGCUAGUGACUCGGGAUAUAGGGAAGCUAUGAGAUUGUUAUGUGCUCAGAAUAAAUAUACUAUGUAUCACCAGGAGUAA